AUGAUGAUGAUGUCCCUGAACAGCAAGCAGGCGUUCAGCAUGCCGCACGGCGGCAGCCUGCACGUGGAACCCAAGUACUCGGCACUGCACAGCGCCUCGCCCGGCUCUUCCGCGCCCGCGGCGCCCUCCGCCAGCUCCCCUAGCAGCUCCAGUAAUGCUGGCGGCGGUGGCGGCGGUGGCGGGGGCGGUGGAGGCCGGAGCAGCAGCUCCAGUAGCAGUGGCAGCAGUGGAGGCGGCGGCGGGGGCUCCGAGGCGAUGCGGAGAGCGUGUCUUCCAACCCCACCGAGCAAUAUAUUCGGCGGGCUGGAUGAGAGUCUGCUGGCCCGCGCCGAGGCUCUGGCGGCCGUGGACAUCGUCUCCCAGAGCAAGAGCCACCACCACCACCCGCCCCACCACAGCCCCUUCAAGCCGGACGCCACCUACCACACCAUGAACACCAUCCCGUGCACGUCGGCUGCCUCCUCUUCGUCGGUGCCCAUCUCGCACCCGUCCGCAUUAGCGGGCACGCACCACCACCACCACCAUCACCACCACCACCACCACCAGCCGCAUCAGGCUCUGGAGGGCGAGCUGCUGGAGCACCUGAGCCCCGGGCUGGCCCUGGGUGCCAUGGCGGGCCCCGACGGCGCUGUCGUGUCCACGCCAGCUCACGCGCCGCACAUGGCCACCAUGAACCCCAUGCACCAAGCAGCGCUCAGCAUGGCCCACGCUCACGGGCUGCCCUCACACAUGGGCUGCAUGAGCGACGUGGACGCCGACCCCCGGGACCUGGAAGCAUUCGCCGAGCGCUUCAAACAGCGACGCAUCAAGCUGGGAGUGACCCAGGCCGAUGUGGGCUCCGCGCUGGCCAACCUCAAGAUCCCCGGCGUGGGCUCGCUUAGCCAGAGCACCAUUUGCAGGUUCGAGUCUCUCACUUUGUCGCACAACAAUAUGAUCGCGCUCAAACCCAUCCUGCAAGCGUGGCUCGAGGAGGCCGAGAAGUCCCACCGCGAGAAGCUCACCAAGCCGGAGCUCUUCAAUGGCGCGGAGAAGAAGCGCAAGCGCACGUCCAUCGCAGCACCAGAGAAGCGAUCGCUUGAAGCCUACUUUGCCAUCCAGCCGCGGCCCUCCUCGGAAAAGAUCGCCGCCAUCGCGGAGAAGCUGGACCUUAAGAAAAACGUGGUGCGCGUCUGGUUCUGCAACCAGAGGCAGAAACAGAAAAGAAUGAAAUAUUCUGCGGGCAUUUAGGAGACCCUUGGCCUCUCCAGGGACAGCCCCCUCCUCAUCCCCUCUUUUCCCUCCCUGUCUCUCCUUGCCUCUUUUCUUUCCACUUUUGGCGACCAGAAACAAUUCCAGUAAAUGUGAAUCCACAGAGAGCGAGGAUUGGAGAGCGAGCGAAGAGCGAGCAACUGAGCCCGAAGUCCGGUGAGAAUGUGAAAAGAUUUCUCAAAGGAAAGGAAAACAAAAGAAGGGAUUUGUCAAGUUGUAGCAAAGUUGUCCCUUUUAACCCCACCCC